AUGGAACUUUCUGAGUGUGAGAACAAAUUUGAGGAAUUGUCCCGAUAUGCCCCACAUCUUGUAAGUACCGAGCUCAUGAAAGCAAAACAUUACAAAAGGGGCCUGCGCCCAGAGAUCGGGCAGAUUAAGAAUGAUAGUGUACUAGAGGUGAGUAUGCCAUCAGGUAGAAUUAUUUAUACGGAUAGGAUAGUAAAAGUGGUACAGAUAGAUUUUGAUGGACUGACUUUAAAGGCUGACUUGUAUGUUAUAGAGAUGAAAAAAUUUGAUAUUAUUUUAGGUAUGGUAUGUUUUAAGAAGGAAGUAAUUUUUCGAAGAUCGGGAAAAGAGGAGUUCAGAUUUUAUAGAUCUAGGAUUAGGGCACUUCCUCGCAUUAUCUCAGCUUUAAAAGCAGAGAGCAUGUUGAGAAAGGCUGACUGUCAAGGAUAUCUUGUCAGUCUUACGAGCAAAUCCACUCAAGAGAAAGUAUUAGAUGAUGUGCCAAUAGUACGAGAGUAUGUUGACGUGUUUUUCGAAGAUCUAUCGAGUACUCCGCCUGAUAGACAAGUGGAGUUCACAAUAGAUCUGAUACCUGGAACUUCCCCAAUGUCCAAAGCUCCAUAUCGAAUGACACCAAAGGAAUUACAAGAGUUGAAGAUGUAG